AUGGAGGCGUCUGACGAUAGCGAUAAUAACAGUAAUUGCAGUAGUAUAAUGACAUCGUCCACGGAUUCCGAUUCCGAUUCCAGUUCUAUGCUCUCUGUAGUUCUCAACGACUCCCAGACACAGGAUAAUGAUGGACCUGAGACGUUUACUUAUGCUGCACCACUACCCGUGGGAUCCUAUGCCCUUGCCUCAUGCGUAUAUGUACUGAUUGACAAGGGUAGAUCGAUGAGUGCAGACAUGCGUGUCAUGUGGUAUUUGAAACGUUUGGGUACCAUACAGAUGGUAGACGACGACUUGGAUGUUGAAUCACCUGAGCAGUGUAAAAUCAUGUCAUUUAUACCCAGAGAAGAAAAUUUGGAUAAAGAUGGCUUUGCAAAUUCUAUUUUUGUUAUGGAUGCAUUUACUCGUGUUUAUUUUUUGACAGCAGUAUAUAAUAUGGUAUAUUGUUUAGAUAUGAGUCCAUCAAACUGUUCAGUGGACAUUCAGAGAUGUCAUGUUAUGCUUGAUGAGAUGACUGUAGCACUGCGUAGAAGUAUCAAGGGGUUUAUCAGGCCUUUUAUUGUACCUGGAUCUGAUAAAAUAGUUUUUGAACCACAAGUGUAUGUCACAGUAAUAGUACAUACACCAUUUUACACAUCACCAGCUCAACAGGUAUUGGUACAAGGAUGGCUAAUCAAUAAUCGUAACUUUCAAGAGUUCAUCAGAACUAUCACAACAGAAAUGAAUCAUCUUGAAAAUUCAUUAGCAAUGACAAAAAAAACUACACGAAAACCUAAGCAUUUUAGUGAUGAAACUCAAACCAAUAGUACUCCAGAAAGUGAUGAAUCAAUUACAAAUCGUCAUCAUAAUUUAAAUAAUAGUGAUUCAAAUAUAAGACCUACAUUUAAUAACAAUCCUGAUUCAGGUUUUAUAAACACUUUAAGAUAUGGCAUGCUAGCUGUUAGAUUAUUACCCCAAACAAGCAUAUCAAAUUUAAUUGUUAUUACUGAUGGGAUGAUUACUUUGGCUGACAUACAAGUGCUUGAUUCCGUUUUAAAUCAAUUAAGAUGUAUAAGUGUGGCAUGCUCAUUUUUGCAUGUAUCUAGUCAAUUUCACCCACAUUCAGGCCACGGGAAUGUGCCUUACUCUGAGUUGAUGCAGCUUAUAGCAACAGCCACAUCUGGUACUUACUUAAACUCAUUUCCAAAAACAACACUUAAUUUAGUUGUUAAUUUUUAUCAUGAUAAAUUCAUCAUGUGGUCGUUUAAAAGAGGAGAUGGUAAUGGGUCUCCAAACAAUACAACAAAUCUUAGUUGCACACCUCCACGUGUUCGCCCCGGUGAAUGGACAGUGAGGAAUUCCAAUUUUUAUGGUAACAGACAAACACAAUUGGUUUCUAAAAAACAAUUUAGUGAUCAUAUUCAAGCAAAUCUUGAUAAUAUAGUGUGUUGCCGUUUGCGCGAAGGAUUUAUUAUUGAGGAUAUACAAUUCAAAGAUGCAGGAAGUUCAACUAUUUUUCCUUACAUGAAUAAUUCUAGUAAACUACAAUUAAAAUUAAUUUUGCCUUGGACUAAUCAUAUUUAUAUUGAGUAUGAUAUUACUGUAAAGUGGCCACCAUCUGUAAAAAAAAAAAUUGAACCAAUUAUUAUUGAAGAAAAACCAGAAUCAGUAGAACCAUCUACACCAACAACACAACCACCUGCAUCAAUACAACUAGACAGUUUAAAUAUUUAUUAUACUGUUUCUGUCAAAGGUCCAUAUGAGUUUCUACAUGACAUAACAUGUACUAGAACUAAAAAAACUCAGUUAUUGUCAAAAAUACCUAGACAAUGUCAAUUUCAAUUGUCGUCCUGCCGAUCAUCAUCAAUUUCUGUUGCUACUGCUACAACUACUAUAACAAGAAAUUUGAACUUGCUGCCAGAUAGAUCGUACAGUAGUAUUGAAAAAAGAGUGACUUCUAAGUAUAGACAAGCUUUGAUUGCUCGAUUUUGGUUAACUAUGCGUUCUAUAGCACAAACUGAUCUACUAGUUAAACAUUUGGAAGCAUAUUCUCCUAGUACAGGUCAUUUAGUUAAUUCUGACAACUGUAAUCAACCCUUGGAACAGAAUGAAAUUAUUCAAGAUCAACAAUUACAGAAACAAGAUAGUCAUCAAACAGUAGAAAUAGAACCAUUAUUACAAGUUAUACAAAAUCUCAAAGUACUAGAAACAACUGACAUUUUACAAUUGGACGAAUCUAGUAAUUUAAAUAGUAACAACUCUAAAACAGACACAGUGUUUAGUACCGAGAAAACAGAAGCAAACCCUCUUAGUUUUUUGGCAUCUGAAGUUCCAAAUAAAAGUCCUUUACACAGUGGUGUACCAUUAUUCUAUUAUUUGGCAACAAAUUCAAACACAUCAUUUAGCUUAAAACAGAAUCAAUUUAAAACAGAUGAUCAACAACAAAGUUACACUGAUCAACAACAUCAACGAUUUGCCGAUUUUUGGAAACCUGUUUGUACCUUAGACCCUGAUACUCAGUGGCCAAAAUGGUUUUCCACUUAUAGAAUUGGUGGUGGUGUAUUAUUGCUGAGACAUGAUCGACCGUUACCACAUUGGUAUCGUAAGGAAAAUACAGAUAAUGAUAGUUAUCAAACCCUGACUUGCACUAAAUCAUCUGUUUCACUUUUCGCUUUGCUCAAGCAAUGGUGCACAUUUGUUUUAAUUGAUGAACACUCUUAUGUAAAAUGUUUAGACCAAAGUGAAACAUAUACUGAUGAUGUAUCAUUUUGUAUUGCACGAGUUUCACCUAGGCCACCAUCUUGCUGUUGUGUUGUACUGCAUUUAGCGUUUCAAAGUUGUGUACCAGCUUCAGUCCACCAUAAGAUUAUUGAUGAUUUGAAAAAUAAUAUUGAACUAUUGGAUUCAACUACUGCAGUGAAACCGUCUUCUGAAGAUAACAACCAAGGGACUGAAGAUCAAGAAAAUAGGAAAAAAACAACUAAAACAAUUAUUGUUGAAGAAUUGAUAACACCAAAUAAACCUUCAAGACAUCAAAGAUAUGUGUAUUUAAUGGAUAAACCGCUUGAGAAGAUUUUAAUUAGAUAUGAGCGGAUUCCUUCAGAAUUCACCACGGUCAUAUUUCCUGAUGGCUCACAACCCUCUUCUGCUAUAACAACAAUAAAUAUACAAAAGCCGAGAUCUAAAUUAAGUAUUGGACUUCCUCUUAAUACUGUUCAUGAGUCAUCAACUGAAGGAGAAUCAAAAGCUGUAUCAACAACGACUACUCUUUCGCGUUAUUUGUAUCAUAAACGGUGGAUAUGGAGUAGUGAAUGUAGUCGCUAUAGUCAAUGUAGUAAUAGUGUGUGUCAAAAAUUACAACUACAAUUGCAAUUAGCACGUACUUUAUCAGUGUUGACAAGAAUACGAUUGAGAGAAGGUUUCAAAUUUGCACAUUCAUCUGCUGGUAUUAUAAACAUGGUUUUAGAAGUAGACAUGAUAGAAGGAUCACCCCACUGUCCUAGUACGCCUACAAGCCAUUGUGUCAUACAGUAUGUUUUAUUCCCGCCUAACAAACUACAAAAACAGCAACAAAAAACUUAUGAAUAUAAUAGUGUUUUUGAUCAAUUAAACAUGGAAAACAAUGACGAUGAAAGAUCAUCAAUAUUGUCAAUUGACGAGCAGCAAAAGUUUGAAAAACGUCAAAAACAAGGAAAACAUAUAGUUUCCUUUGCCGGUGAUAGUAAUGAUUGUUGUUUAAAACAUAGAACAGAAGACGAAUAUCAAUUAAUAACAGAAUGUUGGAUCGAGCCACAACAUGGAACCGUGGUAGUUAAUAAAACACAAAAUUAUAAUUAUAUGUCUGGAUUGAUGUAUGAACAAUUAGCAGAUGCGUUGUGGCAAGUGGACUCUGAUUGUAUUGACUCAUUAUUUACAUUUCAACAUAUGCAACAUAUGUGCAUGAACCAAAAUAUUUUAGUUUCUAAUCCAGAUAUAGAUAUAAAUAAGAAGCGAAGACAGAGUAAAACAGUCAUUAUUGAUGCUGGUCGUAUAUAUAAAUUACCUUUUACAUUUAAUCUAGUAAAUUUACUACCUAAAUGUAGACAUCAUUCUUCAUUAACAUUUAGUCUUUUCACUGCAGAUCAUGAUGAUACUGAAUUAAAUAGUGCUAGAGAUGAAAAAAAAUUGAACUACAUAUUGGAACGUUCAUUUUACUCACGUUUACGGACAUACAAUAAUCGAUCAUUUGAUGUCAACGACUCGGAUAUAUCAGUAGAUAUGAAUCAGACUGUGAAUGAUCAAGAAAUUGGCCAAUGUUUCAUUAAACGCGUUAAUGAUACCCGUUUAAUUUUAACUGUUGGUCCAUCACUUAUAGAAGAUAAAUGUAAUAUUUCAGAUAACUUAUCUGAGGAUAAUCUUCCACCAUUUGGUCGUUCAAGGGCUAAUACGUGGCAUUACACUAAAAGAGGAACAGGACAAUCGUUAUUGAGUGCACAGUCCCAAGAAAAUUCUACACCUUACUACCGAACCAUGUCUGUAGGAUCAAAGCCAUAUUAUAAAGACUCUGAAGAUAUGUCUUGGGCUCAACUCAGGCUUGAACAAAAUUUUUCUACUACUGAAAUUAAACAUAACAGUUGUUUAAGUGAUAUUGGUACUGAUGGACAAGAUUACCCAACACAUAUGUUUAUUGAUGUUUAUGACUGUCGACAAGAAGAUGUAGAAAAUGUUCUCAUGUCUGACAGUAGUUCAUUUGACCAUUCAUUAACUGAUGACUAUUUGGAAGAAAGUAGUUCCUGUAGUAGUACUGAGACCGAUAUUGAUGAAUAUGUAGAGGAAAAUAAUAUAAUUUCUAACAGAGAACAAAAUAUUUAUGAUGAUCCACCCGUUGACCCAAUGUUCUUGGAAAAAUAUUUAUAUAAAAUUCGAGUUAUCUAUGAUCGCAGCUUAGUGACAACAGUAUUUCAAGCUUUACAUCUGGGAUUGAAUGUUCGGUACAUGGAUAUUCAACGUGCUGUCGAUAGAUGUCAGCAUCGUCUAAUUUCAUUUGACAUCACUGACUACAUUAAGGUUGUAUGUGAUCAUUUCAAGAAAAAUGCUGAUACCUGUUCUAUUUGCCCUGCUGAUAAUACAACAUUAAAAUCGCACCAUGAUAUGAUACACUCAAAAUUUUCAGCCACAUUAGAUCGCCACAUGCUGAAGCCUGUAACCAACCAUCAAGAUUAUUAUUUCUAUGACUUAAUUGAUGAUUUAGACUGUGACGAGUACAGUAAUAACAGUAGAAGACAAAAAUAUCUUACUAAUAUUUUAUUAGGAGAAACUGAUCAUAAAACAGAUUUUGAUACACAUGAAUUAGAUGAACAAGAUAUAUUUCCUCUAUUUGUACAUUUAGUUUGCACUGUAAAAUCAAAUACUGUUACAAAAAGUCAGUCUGUUCGUUCCUUGCCUACUUGUAUUCUUGAACUAUUGAAUCAAGACAAUGAUAACGAUACUUCAAAAAAUAUGGAUUUUAGUGAUUUAAAAGUAUCACUAGAUGUGUAUUGUUUAAUGUUACCAAUUAAUGUUUAUGAUGAUGACGACGACGAUGAUGAUGAGAUGGAUAGAUAUACUACAAUGAAUAGUUCAGAACAAUUACAUUUUCCAAUAAAUAAUAAAUCUACAACACUUCAAUCAUCAAAACAGACAAUCGAUCAUGAAAACUCGUUUGUUCAUUUGAGUGCUUCUCUACCACUUCGACAUGCUCAAGGAUUAGCAGAAUUCUUAGCUGAGGUGGAAUGGUGUAUGCGUGACGAAAUGGCAGCUGGUCUUUUACAAUAUCCAACUGUCACAACCAAUUCAUUAGAAAAGAUCAUUGAACAUGUCUCAAAUUCUCCAAAAUCUCCAUCAAAUGAUUACCAACAAAUACCUGUUCAUUUUGUAGUACCUUCAUCACGUCCUUCUAAAAACAAUAGUGUAUCACUUUUUUUACAGAAACUUGAUCAAUUGGAUAUUAUAUUAGAUAGUGAUAAUGGUCAUGACCGUUAUGCUCUUGAACAGUCUACAAAAGAUACAUUUUAUGUUGUGGAAAAAAAUCUGCAUCCUAGUCCUGAUAGUACAGUUUUUGAAAACAAUAGUGAUGAUCUUGAAAACAGUCCUGGUUCAGAUGAGUUUUUAACUGAUAUUGAUCACUCCAAACCAAUAUUACCAAAUUUUUGGAUCAUACUAAAAAUACAGCAGGAUCAACAAUGUCCAAAAGAACACAAAUCUGACAAUAACAAUACAGUCAACACAUUACUAGUAAAUGUAUACUUCCAUUGCAGGUUUUCUGAAUUAAAUGUACAAGGAAAAUAUUCUGCAAUAAUGGAAAUUGUAAAACAAAAUGUACAUCAAGCUGCGACUGUUGUUAAUCAAACUAUUUUAUUGUGUCGUUUAUAUGAAACAAAGACUUGUGAUCCAUUAUUGGAACCUAUUAUUGAAGAUCAUGAUAAUUCAGAUGAUGCUGAUGAAAAUGGUAUUGGUGAAGGGAAAAAAGUUAUUAACCAUUUUACUCUUGGCCAAUUUAAGUGCCCAGUUGUAUGGUCUACUAGAUUUUCACUACAUCCUAGGCUUCAACGAGCAACAGCUAUUGGUUUACUCGGUAUACAAGUUUUACAUACUAUGCUUGAAGGGUUUUCUGUUCGAAAUCGUCGAAAUAUGUUCGUCUACAAAGAGUCGUCUGGUUCUGUGUUUUAUUUAAGAAUCUAUGAAAAUUCGAGUCAACAGCAACUAGAACAAAAAAAUAAUAAUAUUGUAAUAUAUCCAUUACAAUAUGAUUCUGACGACGAUGACACUAUGUCAAGAUGCUCAUCUGCCACUUCAACAACAAUUACAUCCACAAUAUUUUCCAACCAAUCAAAUUUUUCUCGCAAAUACUCGGAAGAUGUAAAUUAUAUGGACAAUAAAUCUAUUCAAAAUCCUGGAACACGUUCCUUAGGUGGGUAUUGGGGUGAUGUAGAUUCAAAAGACGUGGAAGAUUUGACAUUAAAAGUGCAUGGGAUAUCACCUGUGGGCGAUGAAAUACGUAUUGAUCUUGUAAGAGUUCUGCAAAACAGAUUAAAUGAUGGUGUAUUAGAACUGCUGACAACUAUGCUAUAUAGAAAUCCUCUCUGUAGAUUAUAUCCAGAUGAUGUACGUUUUGUACAACCAAGUAAUGGUCACCCAGAUUAUACUAUGAAAUUAUCAUUGCCAAUUGAAACAAAAAUUACAAAAUUAUUUAUACACAAUCUAAAACGUAAUGCUGCAACUUUAUUGCUAUACCCGCCACAAUAUGCGAGUCGUCAUCAUAGAUUUAACUAUGCAUAUAGUAUGAUAAAUGAAAUAAAAAAACCCAUUAUUCGUUCAUUUUUUAUGUACAAUCAACCAAUUGCCGGAACUAGUGUAAUUGGUGGUAAACGUAUUACAAGUGGUAAAAGAGGUCUAGCGUGUGUUUUAUUUGACAUUUAUUCAAAUGAAGAUCACGAUUCAAUAGAUUAUUUAUAUGACUAUCCUAUUGAUCCUGAGUUAUUUGAAAGACGUACACAAGCAGAAUGUAUUGACGAUUUGAAGUCAACUACUGAGUUUAGCGGCUAUAUUAAAUUGUUUGUGUGGUGGCGUGGUCGAGAUAACAUGGAAGUUCUUCAACAAAAAUUGACUUCCACUGUAACUUACUCUUUAUGGGAUAUUUACAUAGAACGAUUUCUGUGGGAACAACCCCUUAUAAUUGAACAACCAUCUGAAAUAUAUGUGAAUCCGUUAUGCAUUCAAUUUUUAGCAAAAUGGUUAGCGUUUGGAGCACGUAAAUCGGUUCCGUUGGCCUACCAUUCCAAAAUAUUAUGUCGCAUCCACAUAAGUCAUGUGCUUCGAGAAUUUAAGACACAUUUAUCUUGGUCCUGGUUAUCAUCAUCUAAUAAUUUGCCCAUUUCUGUUCGUUACUUUUACGUUCCUCGCACAAAAUAUGGGGAGACAUCAUUUGAUUGUGUUAGUAACAACAUAAUAAGUGGCUCAACUGACCCUCUGCAACUGCGAAAAAAACAUGAUUCUUCAUUGAACAAUUUAAUGUUUUAUGAAUGGCAAGUACAAGAUACCGAUUCAGUUAUAUGUCCACCUUCUGCGUCAUGUAUCUUAAUAGUUGUAUCUGUAACUUCUACAAAGAAUAAACAAAAACGUAAACGACAUCAACAUCUAAAUAUGGGUAAUGAACAUAGUGAUUCAGAUGCAGAAAAUGGUUUUGUUGUACCACAAAAUCAUGAAAACCUAAAUACUGAGGAAGUUAAUAUUGAAACUUUGACAACUGAUGACCAACCAAUGACUUUAAUCAACGAUACAGAUGAAAAUGUUAUUCAAAACACAGUAUCUGAUAGUAAAAAAUAUCAGAAACCACAAAAAAUCAGUACUUGUGAAAAAAUUUCUAAAUUAUUUCUGUUAGCUGUAUCUGGUCAAUCAGUUCAUGCAUUAUCAUAUAAUUGCCACAAAAAAGAAGACCAACCAAUUGCUAUCCAACAUUUGAGUAGCUGGUUAGAAUGGCGAAGCAUUGCUUUCACAUCAUCUAUAUAUCACAUGAUAGGACUUAGAAAUUCAAAAAUAUAUGGCCAAUUUGGAAGCACUCAAAUUAAAAGCCACUCAUCAAGAAUAAAUAAUAACCUAGAAUUAUUAUUGGAUUAUAAGAAUUAUGUUUCUAUUGUAGGAGAAUAUGAAUCUUAUGAAAAAAUAUUUUUAGAAAAAAACUUUCGGAUAAAUAAUCGUGGUAGUACAAAACCACUUGAUAAUGACACAGAAGAUAAAAAAAGUAAACCUUUAAACUACACAAAAGAUAUUCAGGAUUCAUAUAUUGAGAGAUUGGUGAGAAAUAGUAAACAACGGCGUCGUACAGAAAUGUAUCAAAAGUUGUUAUAUGACAUGUGGAUUCAAGUAGAUGCUAUUGUUACAAAAGAAGCUUUUCGGACCUUUUAUCAACAAAGUAGAUUAAUUCAUUACUGUUUAACACCAUUAUUAUUUUUACCUUGGUGGCGAUUAGAAUCAGCUGCUACUCGUGAUCAUUUAGUAGAUGCAUCUAAAUUAAAAACUUUAGUUUUUUCACAUGCUCCGCAAUGGCACAAACGAUUAUGUGCUAGGUUGACAGUUGCUUACGCCCAAUAUAUAGAAACUGAUCCUCUUUUUAGUGGCUUCCAACCAAUUCAAAUUGGUAAAUCCCGUGUAUAUAAUGAUGGUACGAUAAUGGAUUUGGAUUGCACUAAAUCCAUUACUCGUUAUUAUAAAAAAACUAUACCUGGAGUUUCUGGUGGAUUACUUUUAAUAGAAAUUGGAGUAUGCCAGCCAUUUUAUUACAUCAAGCUUAGUUGUAUUGAAAGAGCUAGAAUUACAAAUCUUGUUGAGAAUUACAAAGAUAAAUACAAACCGUAUUGUCUCCUUGAACAAUCUGAAAAUAUUAUUCAGAAUAUGCAUUUACAUUCAUUUACGUAUGACUUUCAUGUACGGAUACUAUCGGAUAGACUAAGUAAAUUAGUAGAAAAACAGAAGGCUGGAAAAAGAUGUAAUUAUGGCUGCGAUAUAUUAAUGCUAUUGGAUCAUAAAAACUCUAUACAAAAUAGUGCCAAUAAAACGGGAAAUAAUAAUAAAAAAAAUGCUAUUGCUGGAUUUCUAGAUGAUUUUUUGAAAUAUUACACCCUUCCACCAUUAUAUUCUAAUUGUUUAGUACUAGCAGGUGUCAUCAAGCGUACUGAAAUACCUGUUACCGGUCUCCAAUUAUAUGAAUACUUGGUAGAAAACUGUUCAGAAGAUUGUGAAGGAAUGGCUGUUUUAAAAAUAGGUGAUAGUUCAUCAGCAGAUGGAGACGAUGGAGCAUCUCUAUUUGAUGAUUUUGAAGAUCACGAAUAUCUAGAUUCUCAACAUAUUUUUGGCAAUGAUUUGACUGAUUAUAUUCUUGUUCAUCAUAUGGCUGGUAGUGAUAUACAACGAAGACAAGAAUUAGCAAAUAAUUCAAAUAAUCGUAAAUUAGGAGUGGAAUCAAAUGAAUAUUUUACUGAUAAUCAGUAUGAAGUAUGUGGUUUAUUUGAUGCGACACUUGUAAUGACACUGUCAUCAGUAAAACAAUUAUUAUUGGACACUAGUAAUGAAAUAACUUUAUCAUAUUACGUGCUGUUGACAAAUAAUGAAAAUUAUAAUUUGAAAAAAAAAAAAGCAAUUUCACUUAAAACCGUCUACAACAUGCAGCAAAGACAUAGCACCCCUAUUCGUCCACCUGAUCGUAGAUUUGACCAAUCUAAUAACGUAUUACUGUCCGCUAGUGUACCUAGUAAUAGCGUUGGUAAUUCUAUGACAUCUGGAUCAGCUACUUGUGGUGGAAGUUUGGAUGAAAAUAACGCUUUUCAAAAUUGGUCUCAAUUUCCACCAAAUCACUUACCAUAUUUAAAAAAAAAAUGUAAAAAAAAUAAUGAAUAUGUCUAUGAUGAUUUAAAUGAACAUCAUCAGCAAACUAUCAAAAAAAGAAACUUAAUAAAAUUCUAUGAAAAAAAAGCAGCAGAAUUGGUUGCACAUACUGUAGAUACAGCAGCUAAUCGUUGCCGUAUACAUUUACUAUGGAAAUUAUUUGGCGUACCAAUUGAUCAACAGAAGCUUGGGAUCACCGACGUUACAUUUAACCAACUAGAAGAACUUGUGAAUACAUCUGUUUUUGUAAAAUCAUUAUCCGAAUAUGACCAGAAUUACAGCUAUAUAUUAAAGCUACUUCUUAAACAACCACAAUGGUUUACUUCGUUACAUAAGAUGAUCUCUGGGCAAUCGACAUUAUUACUGGAAACAACUUCUACAUUACCACCACAGUGUCGUAUAUAUAAUAGUAAUAGAUCAGAACAUCAAUACAUAGUAGUCUUACCAAAUCUAACAGAAUUUGAUGAAUUUGAUGCGUUUGUAAUAAUUGAUAAUGGAAUUGAUUCAUCGGAGAAACUGGUUUCUACGUCUGAUUCAUUAGUAAAUGUAGUUUUUAGAAGAAAUGUGAGUGGUUCUGAUGAGGUAGCUGCACUAGUAGAAACAGUUGGAGAUUCAAUAUGUUAUCUUAUUUGGCAAACAAUCAAAUAA